AUGUCGUCUGACUUUGAUUCUCCGAGCGGUACACUCACUAUAACAGGUCAAGCAAGUGUGCAAGCCUACCAAGAUGUUCUACGUACCGUAACGUACAAACACAACGGCUCGGAACCACAACCAGGCUCCAGAACCCUCACCUACUACGUCACCGACACGGAAGGACUGCAGAGUAACGUUGUCGUCGCGAGUGUCGAUGUGGAAGUCAUAAACGACUGUGCUCCAGUGUUAGAAGCAAGCGGUGUGUUUGUAUUCACAGAAGGGCAGGACUUACCAACCCCCAUCGGACGGAAUGUCUCACUUACUGACUGCGACAGUGGUGACUUCCCAAUGGAGUUUGUAGUGGUUUGGAUCGAGCCUGCCUACGAUGGGGCGUCAGAAUCAUUAUCCGUGACGUCUACAGAAGGUAUCACGUCUUCGUAUCAACCAGACGACGCUACCUUGCGUCUUAGUGGGCCAGUCUCUUUAAGUAUGUUUCAAUCCGCCUUGGAGACACUCACCUAUGCAAACGCCGCUGAAGAACCCAAACCCACAACCAGACACGUGUACAUGUACGCAUCGGACGGACUGCACAACAGUUCUCUCGCCCACCUCACCAUCAACAUCAGCCUGGUCAACGACCCUCCGGUCAUCGACCUCAACGGUGACGUCACCGCCGGAUCUGACGUCAUCGCCGUGUACACGGAAGGAAGUGGCGACAUGACCGUCGCUGACAGUUUGAGUCUAACAGACAACGACAACAGCCUAUUGGCGUACGCUAACGUAACGCUGGUAAACAACCCUGACUAUGGGUAUGAAACGAUUACAGUGGACACUUUGGGUACAUCGCUGAUGGCUACGUACGUAAACGCAAAUCAAUCUUUAGUCUAUAUUUCUGGUGAGGAUACUGUAGAAAACUAUGCCGCUGUGCUUAGAACAGUGUCUUAUUCCAACACACACGGCGACCCGGACCCGCAACAGCGCGUUGUGGAGUUCACCGUGUCUGACGGAAACCUUCAAUCUGAUGUAGGCACAGCUUACAUCAUCUUCGAGACGCAAAACGACGCGCCAACGUUGUCUUCGGCAUCCACUGACGUCUCCUUUACAGAAGAGGGCUCACCUGUGCCAGUUUCGCCAGGUGUAACAGUAUCAGAUGUUGACAGUACGAUCCUCGCGUCAGCCUCUGUAGCUAUCACCAACCUGAUGGACCAAGGAUGGGAGAUUCUGAACGUGUCAACCCCAGAAGCUCUGUUUUCCGUCUUCAACGCGACCUCAGGCAUUCUCCACAUCUCUGGCGUAGCAAGCGUGGAGGAGUAUCAGACCACGUUACAAACUGUGACCUAUCAGAACACUAAAGACGAACCCGCCACUGUAGAUAGAGUUCUCGCCUUUACUUCUAGCGAUGGGAUAACAGAAAGCAUCGCUAUGAACAUCACAGUCAGCAUUGUCUCGGUGAAUGAUCCACCUUCUAUUGUCCUCACCAACGGGAGUUCUACACAUACUGGGGUGUUUAUCGAAGAUUUUCUCCCGUCUCCAAUUGUUGACUCCAACGUAACUGUCUCCGACGAAGACAGUACGUUUCUUUCGGAGGUUUUCAUCAACGUUACUAACGUUACAGAAGAGGGUUUCGAAGGCGUUUUCUUCGAUUUGUCGUUCUUGUCUGACAGUGAGCUAUUUGACCAGACACAGUACAGCCAGAUUCUGGUGUAUAACUCAACGCUUUGUACAGCAGACUCCGUGCACUCAUCAAUACAGCUUCGCGGUGCGUUCACUCCGGUACAAGCCAAGGAGCUCCUCCUAGUGGCCAGAUACUGUACUGCACACGAUAACCCUACCGAAGGCGAGCGCAUGAUCAACAUCAUCGUAACAGACGACCAAGGCGAAACCAGCUCCCUCAUCAACUCUCUCAUAACAGUCGUACGUGUGAACGACCCACCACGACCGGUUAGCGACACUCUCACGACCUCCUUCACGACUCUCGAAGACAACGACCUGACGAUCACCGCCUUCAGCCUCUUCUACGACCCCGAAGAAAACUUGACAACGUCUUCGGUUAGCGUGAUGUCUUACCCAACCAGCGGCGACUUGACUGUUACCAGCGAAGGCGAUCUCCACUACACCCCUGUCUUACACGACUUCGGGCAAUACGAUCUAUCCUACCGUGUUUGCGACUCAGAGCACGCCUGUACCGAAACAUACACCCUAACAAUCGACGUCAUCUCAGUAAACGAUCCACCAGAACCGGUCUUACCUUUGAUCAUCGCCACCCAAGAAGACACGCCCGUGUCUACAAAUCUGAAGACGUUCGUCCAAGACGUUGAAGACGACACGAGCGAAGAUUCGAGCUAUCCAAGCGUCGCAGUGACCAGUUACCCAACCACUGGUAACACAGAGUUCUCAGCAGACUUUAGGGUGAUGAACUUCACGCCAGCUGCUAACUAUUACGGCGAGGAGCAAAUCGGAGUACGCUUCUGUGACAGCGAAGGCGCCUGUAUAGAAAACACCAUCACUAUAACAGUAGCUGCAGUGAACGACCCACCAACACUUACUGUAACCAGCGGACAGGAUCAGGCUAACGCUAUACAAACAAAUGAGGACGUUCCCAUUACUGUAGGAGUGGUUGUAUCAGAUGUGGAACAGCGCACGCCAUUUGCCAUCAUCACAAACGACACAACGCAUGGCGCAGCUGUCCACAACACCACGGCGAUGGUAGAAACCCUCAUAGAAGAUGCAGACAACCCGUUCAACACUCUCUACACGGUUUCCACCCAUAUAACUUACUCCCCUGACGUGGAUUAUGUGGGGGAGGACCGUGUUGUGUUCUAUGCGUGUGACAGUGAAGGAGAGUGCGCACAGGGAGUCAUAAAUAUCCAGGUCUCCUCUGAAAACGACCCCCCGCGAGUCGGUUCUACGACUGUCUACACAGAGGAGGACACCCCGCUCCUUAUAAGGUUACCCGGCGGGUUGAACAUCUCUGACGCAGAAGACGUCAUCGACGCGUCUGACGUUGACGUGACGCGGAACGUCUCACUGGGGCUGCUGACGUACGAUGACGCCGGCGACCUGACGUACACGCCGCCCGCUCACUUCUACAGCACCAACCCUGAUGACGUUACGUUCGACAUCCGCGUGUGCGACAGGGACGCGAUGCAGCUCUGCACGGAGGCGCAGAUCCAGAUCUCAGUGAUCUCGGUGAACGACGCCCCUGUCGCCCCGCCCCAGUACAUAGACAUGUACGAAGAGACUAACUACACGUUACACCUGGGCGCCGUGCUGACCGAUACGGAGGAUGCUAACGGCACGGUGGACUCGGUGAGCCUGACCGAGCCGUCCCCGAGCCUUCUCACGGCGCGGUACGAUAACCGGACCGGCCUGGUGCACAUCGCGGCCGGGACGGACAGGAGCGGGAAGGACCUCAUACACUACCAGGCCUGCGACUCCUCCGGACUAUGUAACUUGGACGGUAUGAUCAUCGUCACCAUCCUAGAGGUCAACGACCCGCCGGUCGUCAACCCCUUCGACGUCUACGCGUCCGAAGACGUCACGAGUGUCAUAAACGUCGGCGAUCAUUACAGCGACUUGGAGACCAGCGAGCUUUCAUCCUUAACUCUUCGGCUGGUGGACCCCAUUUCCGGUGCCUACCAAACGGAAGUGACGUCAGAGAGAGGCGGGGAGCUGGAGGCCAUCAGCAGCGCGGGAUUGGUGCAAUACAAACCGUUGCCUGGAUACGUGGGUGACGACAGCUUUGCCUACGCCGUCUGCGACCCGUGCGACCAACGGGAGGCCAGGCUGACUGGAGGGUAUGUAUCGGGGAUUCCCAGCUGCCAGAGACAGCUGGAAAUGAACCAAGGUCACGAGUAUGACGUCACGGGCACCCACAUCGCCUGUUCGGUUGCCACGGUAACGAUAUACGUCAUGAACACGAACGAUGCCCCGGAUGUGUCAGCAUUCCACAUCGUCACCAGCAGGUAUGAAGUAGUGACCAUAAACCCCAUAGACACCCUCCUAAAUGACGCGUACACCACAGCGGAUAUGUCCGUACAUGACCCCGAUGACGUACAAGCGCAGGGACUCCUAAACAACGGAAUGAACUUGACCUUCUACCAAAUGAUAGACACAACCGACCUCAACGCGACAACACUAGCCAUAACCUCCCAACCUGCUAAAGGCACCGCAGCAGUAGACACGUCUUCAGCCGUACCCGCCAUAACCUUCACACCGAGACAGAACGAGAGCGGUUACGACAGUUUCUACAUCCAGGUCUGCGACAAGAACACGCAGUACAAGUCAUCCCGGUGUAGCGGCAACGUCGUGAGAGUCAUGAUAACCGCCCCAAGCCCUUAUAUGGUCAACGUCACGGCCAUAUCCGGAACGGGAAACAAAGACAUUCAGGCUGACUCGAAAUAUUCUUCCGGGGACUCUCUCCGCAUUGUUUUUAACGAGGACACCAAUAUGCCACCCUUUGGACAAGCGGGGUCUGUGAUCACAGCAAACGAUCUGCAUAAGAUGUUCACUUUCAGCACGAAUCUAACCGUGGCCAGCAAUGCCGACGCCUUUACCGGCACUUGGGUGAGCCCGCGAGUGUUGGACAUCACUAUCGCUGACGUAGGGUACCCGCAGAUAGAGCCUAAGGUUGGGGAAUGGACUGUCAGCGUUAACCCGGUUGCUCCGUGUGGCGGGUUUGACGAGUUGACGCAUGCGCCGUUACCGGAGGACCAGUGGUCGCCGUACUGCCUGCUGAACGCCGUGAAGGACUCUGCUCACGCUAACGACACGUCACCGCCACUGGUGGGGAACUGGGGGCUACGGAUACCCUCUCUUACAACCAUCGUGGUGCGUAACGACCAAGUGGACAUCUCGGUACUGCGGGACCAGCCGGCGUACUUCGGGCGGGGCUCCGAGCUGGUGCUGAGUCUGCAGCCCGCCCUGUCCUACCAGCAGCUGCAGAUGUUCUGUCAGCAGGAACCACAGAACAUCGUCACCAUGGAGACGUUCGGCCAUGGAACAAGCCAUGGUCAAGUACUAGCACAAGAACCAGAAGACGCAGGCAGCUUCUCGGAUUGA